AUGGCCUCCAUCGUCUCAUCAUUGUGUCUGCUGCUCGUGUUCUGCCUGAGCGUCGAGGCCGUGUUCUUGCCAAAUCUCUAUCAGCCAAACGAGGACGGGAUGGCCGGCGCCGCCGAGAAGCGCAUGAGCCGCCAGGCGUUAAUUCGGCUCAUGAUCCAGCGUGACCGGCAAGCUUUGGGCGCCCACGGGCCGAUCAAGAGGAGUGUGUUGGGGACGGCGCUUCUGAAGCCGUCCGGCAAACUCCGGGAGUGGCUCUGGACUCAUCUGGAAGUGGACCGACGGAGCAUCGAUGCCGCUGACGACUUCCAGAAUUGCUUCCUGUCCCCGGUGCAGUGCAUGAUCUCGCGGAAACGGCGG